CCCUUUAACUGCUGUUCUUUAAAAGACCCCUCAUCCCAGAGCUUCUGUUUCACCCCGCCAUUUUACCUCCCCAAACCCCUCCCUGACUCUCCCACGUCUCCCUUACCUAUUACACAACCACCGCCCACUUUUUACCCUCCGAUACACUUAAGUUAUACACCAUGGCGGCAGCUAUUAAGGAGACCGUAUCCAAUCUGAUACAUGGUCAUUCCGAAAAUACCCCUCGUCAGCCUUCCUCUGAAGAAUUCCAGCAAUUACAACAGAAGUAUAACGACGCCGGACAAGGGCAUGUGUUCACAUUCACCGAUCAAUUGAGCCAGGUUGAGAAGGCCCAGCUUUUCCAUCAGUUGAGCAACUUCGACCCCAACCGGAUCAAUGAACUGGCCGACAAGGUCCUGAACCCCACCAAAACUCAGGAAGGCCCGGUCACCCUUGAACCUCUUCCAGAGGUGGCUACUGCCUCAAUCCUCGACUCCGACCCGAAGGAUAUUCAGCGGUGGUACGAUGAAGGCCUCCGGGCAGUGUCGGAGAACAAGGUCGCUGUGGUCCUGAUGGCUGGCGGACAGGGUACUCGCUUGGGAAGCUCUGCACCUAAGGGUUGCUUCGAUAUCGGUCUGCCCAGUCACAAGUCCCUCUUCCAGAUUCAGGCAGAGCGCAUUGCGAAGCUCCAGCUCCUAGCACAGAAGGUAUCCGGCAAGGAAGCCGCUAUCCCCUGGUACGUCAUGACCAGUGGACCGACCCGCAAGCCCACAGAGGAGUUUUUUGAACAGCACAAGUAUUUUGGGUUAGACAAGAAGAAUGUCGUCAUCUUUGAACAAGGUGUUCUGCCCUGCAUUUCUAAUGAUGGUAAGAUCCUGUUAGAAUCCAAAUUUAAGGCUGCUGUUGCCCCCGAUGGCAACGGUGGUAUUUACCAAGCCCUGAUCACCUCUGGUGUGCGAGAGGACAUGCACAAGCGUGGUAUCGAACACAUCCACACUUACUGCGUCGACAACUGCUUGGUCAAGGUUGCCGAUCCUGUCUUCAUUGGUUUCGCCGCUUCGAAGAAGGUUGAUAUCGCUACCAAGGUGGUCCGUAAACGUAAUGCUACCGAGUCGGUCGGCUUGAUCCUGCAGAAAAAUGGCAAGCCCGAUGUAGUCGAAUAUUCUGAAAUCGACAAGGAGACGGCUGAAGCUAAGGACCCCAAGCAGCCUGAUGUGCUGAAGUUCCGCGCCGCCAACAUUGUCAAUCACUACUACUCAUUCCGCUUCUUCGAGUCCAUUGAAACCUGGUCCCACAAGUUGCCUCACCAUGUUGCUCGCAAGAAGAUUCCUUGCGUCAAUAUCGAGACUGGUGAGAGUUUCAAGCCUGAGAAACCCAACGGUAUUAAGUUAGAGCAGUUCGUCUUUGACGUCUUCCCAAUGACUCCUCUGGAGAAGUUUGCAUCCAUCGAGGUGCGCCGCGAGGAUGAAUUCUCGCCAUUGAAGAACGCUAAGGGCACUGGCGAAGACGACCCUGACACCAGCAAGCAGGACAUCAUGAAUCAGGGACAGCGCUGGAUUGAGAAGGCCGGCGGUGUUGUUGUCACCGAAGGCGAGGCCGUCGGCGUUGAGGUGUCUCCACUAAUCAGCUACGGUGGUGAAGGACUCGAGUUCCUCAAGGGUCGUGAGAUCAAGGCCCCCGCAGUGAUUGAGAAGGAGGAGUGAACAUUACG